AUGAAUGCUACUGCGGGUUCUAAGCUCCCUAGUGAGCGACGGAGUCUCUGCACGACGACGACCGGUAGUCCAGAGGCCUCCUCCCACGAUCCAUCCAGCCCGGAUAAGAAACACCACACCGAAGUCCACAGCAAGAACACAGACCCAUCACCCCCCAGUUCUUCCGAGUUUCUUGAUUGCGAAUGGGCGAAACGAAACAUUUCUAUCCUCACUUCUGCCGCUGGUGACUCUCGACAUCGCGGAAUUUUAUUCGAGAGUCUCUCAAUCCAGGGCUCUGCCUCGCAUCUUCAAACUCAGUCGACGGUUCUUUCGACCCUGAUUAGACCUUUCACAUCGACUCUGCACUAUUUUCGACAUUGCCAUCAUCCCAAACAGCGAGCCACCAUCCUACACAAUUUCGACGGACUGGUUGACAGUGGCGAGUUGCUUUUGGUCCUCGGCCGCCCGGGUAGCGGAUGUUCAACCUUUUUGAAGAUAAUAUCCGGCUACUUGGAUGGAUUGAGUUUGGACCCGGGCAGCAACAUCCAGUACAAGGGGGUCUCGUAUGAGAGGAUGACAAAGGAGUAUCGCGGCGAUGUUGUUUACAACGAAGAACAAGACAAUCACUUUCCGCAUUUGACUGUCCGGGAAACCCUUGAGUUUGCUGCAUAUGCACGGGCACCGCAUACCCGACCGGGCAACAUUAGCCGCGACGAAUAUGCACAGACGGCGGUGCGGGUUGUUAUGGCCUUAUUUGGUCUUUCACAUACGGAGAACACCCGAGUUGGCAACGAGUAUAUUCGCGGAGUCAGUGGUGGAGAAAGAAAACGAGUGAGCAUAGCGGAAAUGACUCUAGCUAGAGCGCCCAUUGGUACCUGGGAUAACAGCACUCGAGGUCUUGACGCCAACAGUGCACUUGAUUUUGCCAAAAACCUUCGUCUCUCUGCCAAUCUCACCAAAACAUGUCACGCCGCCGCGGUAUACCAGGCUUCAGAGCCCAUCUACAACAACUUUGACAACGUCACUAUUCUCUAUGAAGGUCGACAAGUAUACUUUGGUCCCUGUGAUCGAGCUGUCGCAUACUUUGAGAGGAUGGGUUGGAAACGCCAUCCUCGACAGGUCAGCGCGGAUUUUCUUACUUCUGUCACCAAUCCGAGUGAGCGUGUGCCCCAAGAUGGAAUGGCGGAGGAGGUUCCGCGGACUUCAACAGACUUUGAGACAUACUGGAGGAAUAGUGAAGAGUAUUUGGAUCUUCGAGAGAAGAUGAAAAGCUUCUCUCACAACUUUCCUCUCGAUGGACUAGAAGAAAGCAAAUUGAAAGACGUCAAACGUACCGAACAAGCCAACCAUGUCCGAAGGUCAAGCCCUUACCUGCUCUCCGUGCCCAUGCAACUCAGAUUGUGUCUUGUUAGGGCAUACAGACGAUCCUUGAAUGACCGCGCAGGGAUCAUUGCGACUGCAGUGUUACAAAUGCUUAUAGCUGUGCUGAUCAGUUCUCUUUUCUUUGAUAUCCCCGAUAACUCCGAUGGUCUAUCACAGAGGGCAUCCGUUAUCUUUCUGGCAGUUUUGACAAAUAACAUGAUUGCUAUGUUCGAGGUCAACGUCCUAUACGGCCAGAGACCAAUUGUGGAAAAACAGGCUCGCUAUUCAUUUGUUCGCCCCUUCACCGAGGCACUCGCUGGAGUCAUCAUAGAUCUCCCAAUCAAAACGCUUCGCGCUCUCCUAGCCAGUGUAAUCGUUUACUUCAUGGCGCACCUCAGGAGAGAGCCCGGGCACUUUUUCAUAUAUGUCCUUUUCCAAGUGGUCUCCGUUAUUACCAUGUCCGGGAUCUUUCGGUGCUUGGCCGCAAGCACGAAAACUCUCAGUCAAGCGAUGGCUCUCAGCGGGAUCGUCAUUAUCAGCGUUGCAGUGUAUACCGGUUUUACUGUAUCACCGCCCGAUAUGCGCCCGUGGCUUGGCUGGAUCCGAUGGAUCAAUCCCGUUUUCUACGCGUUCGAAGCAAUCAUAGCCAACGAGUACCAUGGUUUACGAGCCAAAUGCGUCGAGUACUUGCCAGACUAUCCCUCGCUUUCUGGCUUGUCUUUCGUUUGCUUGGAAGUUGGUGCUGUCGCAGGGGAUCACUUCGUUUCCGGUGAUCGAUACAUUGAGAAGCAUUAUGGUUUUCUCUAUAGUCAUCUGUGGCGGAAUCUGGGUAUCCUUUUUGCGUUCAUGAUCGGACUCCAUGUGUUCUAUCUUGUGAUUACAGAGCUGGUUCCGGGCACCGUCUCCAAACCCGAGUCAUUGUCAUUUCUCCCAGGCCACAUUCCCAAAAACAUGAGUCCAUGCGAUGAAGAAGUGAAGGAGGUGCCAAAAGUAUCGAAAGAGCUUUCCCAGCCACCCUCGAUGUUUCGUGGCUCGUUGCCAAAGCAUGAGAACAUAUUCACUUGGAAAGGGUUAUGCUAUGAUAUUCCGAUUAAGGGAGGCACAAAGAGACUACUGGAUGAUGUCAGCGGCUGGGUGAAACCAGGCACCUUGACUGCUCUUAUGGGUGUAUCUGGUGCAGGAAAAACCACUCUUCUGAAUGUCCUAUCGCAGCGAAUGACCGUUGGCGUUGUGACGGGAGAAACUUUGGUCAAUGGCCGAAGCCUCAAUACCAGCAUCUGCCGCAAGACCGGAUACGUCGAACAAAAUGACAUUCACUGUGCGACUGCUACGGUCAGGGAGGCCCUUCGUUUUAGUGCAGCACUGCGGCAACUCCAGUCGAUUUCCACUGAAGAAAAACAAGCAUACGUUGAGGACGUGAUUCAAAUGCUGGGAAUGGAAGACUUUGCCGAAGCUAUUGUUGGAAAGCCUGGGGAAGGAUUGAACCUCGAGCAGAGAAAGCUUCUCACUAUUGGUGUCGAGCUGGCAGCAAAGCCAGAGCUCUUAAUCUUCUUAGACGAGCCGACUAGUGGACUGGACUCACAGAGCUCCCUGGCAAUUUGCUCUGUUAUGAAAAGACUGGCUGAAAAUGGACAAGCCGUGCUUGCCACAAUUCAUCAGCCCAGUCCUAUCAUGUUUGAGCAAUUUGAUCGUCUCCUUUUACUUGCUAAAGGCGGUAAGACCGCGUACUUUGGGGACAUUGGGAACCAUGGUCGCCUUCUUCUGGAUUAUUUCGAAUCAAACGGCGCACGCCCAAGUCUGUCAGAUGAGAAUCCCGCUGAAUACAUACUCGAGGUUAUUGGUGAAGGCUCGCAUGAGAGCACUCAGCCUGUUGAUUGGGUGGAGAAAUGGAAGCAGAGCCCUCAAAAUCAAGAAGUCCAGGAUCAUCUUCGCCACAUCUGUUCGAAUGCCCUUCAGCCACCCACCGAUAAGUCCAGCGAGCUUGAGUUUGCCAUGCCGAUUACAGCCCAGCUGUACCAGGUUAUGAAACGUGACUUCCAGCAGUAUCAUCGCCAGCCGGAGUACAUUUUCGCCAAGCUUGCUUUGGGUAUUGUCUGCGGCCUAUUUGUAGGCUUUUCGUUUUGGAUGUCAGACAACUCCAACCAAGGCUUCCAAAAUACUCUGUUUAGCUUGUUCCUUCUUUGCACUAUUUUCACCACAAUGCUAAACCAAAUUAUGCCGAAGUUUGUGGAGAAGCGGGCUUUGUAUGAGCUACGCGAGCGACCUUCCAAGACCUAUUCCUGGAAAGUUUUCAUUUUCUCACAAGUUGUCGUUGAGCUACCCUGGCAGGCCUUGCUUGGUGUCUGCACGUGGGCCUCCUUCUACUUCUCUGUUUAUGGUGGAAACCAAGACCCAGAGCGCCAGGGCCUCGUCCUCCUGUUCGUACUCCAAUUCUUCCUCUUUGCCUCCAGCUUCGCAUCAUUGAUUGCCUCUGCGGUCUCGAAUCUUGCUAUGGGCAGUAUGAUGGCUCUUUUCAUGUUUGUGUUGUCACUGUUGUCUAACGGCGUGAUGCAACCACCGAGCGCCAUGCCCAAUUUCUGGUCCCAGAUGCACAGAGUCUCUCCUUUAACCUAUUACGUCGGCGGUAUCAGUGCAACUGCACUCCACGGUCGUCCGAUCAUUUGCUCGGAUCGAGAGCUAGUUAGCUUUGACGCCCCGGCCGGACAGACCUGUGGCGAGUAUCUCGGAAAGUUUCUCAAGACAGCACCGGGGAAGCUCUACGACUGGAACUCCACUGCACAAUGUCAGUAUUGUCCCCUCAGCUCGGCUGAUCAAUACCUUGCCGGUCGCGACAUCUCUUGGAACAACCGGUGGGAAUAUUAUGGGAUUUUUUGGGCAUAUUUCGUUUUCAAUAUCUUCGGUGCUGUCCUUCUUUACUAUCUCUUCCGUGUUUUGCCAUAUUCCCGAGCAAACAAGGCGAAGGCUAAAUAG